CCUUUCAGUCCAAGUAAUACCUGUAUUCUACAUAUAAUAGAAGAUGGAUUUAUCUGGUAUAUGAAAAUGCUGCUCCGGCCGCUGGAUCUUUUGAACGGAUGAGAUUCUCUGUCUUCUGAUAUCUGGCGACGAUGUUGAAGAUAUCCGGUUGUGAUGAUGGCGAGGAUAAUGACUGCACAGAUUGCUGACGGUUCCGAGAAGAUUUUACACGAUUGUUUGCCUUUCUAGCGUGCUUUGGAUCUUGAUUGCGGAAAGGCAACAUGUCAGACGCGGUGGCUAUGGCGGAUGCCAUCAAAUCUCGGUUUAACUCUCUUGAGCUGAUUGGAAGAGGGUCCUUCGGUGAGGUCUUUAAAGGGUUCGACAAGGAGCUGAACAAAGAUGUUGCUAUAAAAGUUAUUGAUUUAGAAGAAGCAGAGGAUGAAAUUGAAGAUAUUCAAAAGGAAAUCUCGGUACUGUCCCAAUGCCGAUCUCCAUAUAUUACAGAUUACUAUGGCUCCUAUCUUCACGAAACGAAACUAUGGAUAGUAAUGGAAUACAUGGCUGGUGGCUCUGUCGCUGACCUAUUACAAACAGGUCCUCCACUAGAUGAAAUGUCUAUAGCAUGCAUUUUACGUGACUUGCUACAUGCGAUUGAAUACCUCCACAACGAAGGAAAGAUUCAUAGAGAUAUCAAAGCGGCAAACAUUUUGCUGACAGAGACAGGAGAUGUCAAGGUUGCAGAUUUUGGCGUUGCUGGUCAAUUGACACGGACAAUUUCUAGAAGAAAGACAUUUGUAGGAACCCCAUUUUGGAUGGCACCAGAGGUAAUUCAGAAUUCAGAUGGAUACAAUGAGAAGGCAGAUAUUUGGUCCUUAGGGAUCACUGCAAUUGAGAUGGCAAAAGGGGAGCCCCCUUUGGCAGAUCUCCACCCACUGAGGGUUCUUUUCAUCAUUCCUCGAGAAAAUCCACCACAGCUGGAUGAGCAUUUUUCCCGCCCUAUGAAAGAAUUUGUUUCCUUAUGUUUAAAAAAAGUCCCAGCUGAGAGGCCAAGUGCCAAGGAACUUCUAAAGCAUCGUUUUAUCAGGAAUGCAAGAAAGAGUGCAAGGCUUUUGGAAAGGAUAAGAGAGCGGCCGAAGUUCCCUGUAAGUGAAGGCAUGGAAACCCUGAGAAAUGGUCAUCAAGCCUUUGAUGAUGCAUCUGGCACUGUUAAGGCUACUAAAGACACAAGAGAUGAUGAAAGUACUCGAGCCAGUCAUGGAAAGGUCCUGGGAAAUUCUGGCUGGGACUUCAGUACAAGUGGAUCCCAGGGUACAGGGACUGUCCGCAGUGCUGUGAGACCACCUCAAGUUGCCACGGGAGAUAGGAAAUCUGAAGUCCCAAAUAGUCAUCUUCUUCCAAGAAAACCUCCAAGUAGAGGGAACCAGUGGUCUUCUGCAUCAGGAAGUGCUGUUCAUGAGUCAUCAAUUGAAGUCUCCCCUCAGAAAGGUGUGAGAGAUCAACAUGGUGGAGAAAGACAAGAGGAUUCCCUAGAGGAUCAGUUAUCUGUAAACAACUCAGGAACUGUCAUUCUACGAUCUUCAAGAGAGGUUCAGUCAUCUGCUUUGUUUGACGACCAGAGUUCCACGUCUAGCGGCAGAUAUACUUUUGAUGAAGGGAGUGCUGGUGGCACUGUUGUUAUCCGUGGCCAACAUGGUGAAUCCGAUACCCCUCGAACUCCAAAGUCCAGAUUAGGAAUCCUGGAACGAACAUCAAGUGCUUCAAAUGAGGACAGUGCUACCAACCUUGCUGAGGCGAAGGCUGCGUUACAGGCGGGGUUGAGAAGAGGAAAUGCUCGGGAAAGAAUUUCACUGGGCAAGCUUAACAAAGAUGGGCAGGAAGCUAGAGCAACAGACAGAACAAAUACCUCUGAUUCCUCCAGAGAUUCCCGUGAAUACUAUGAUGCACAGAGAGUAAUUCCCAAAAUGCGUCAAAUAAGCGACGAUGAAAGUAUUGGACGAGCGUCUGCAGCAACAUCAUCUCCACCAUUAUCAUUGUUGCUCAUCCCUUCGUUGAAAGAGGCUGCUGGUGAUGAAUGGGAAGGACCAAUCGCACAGGCUGUGGCAGAUUCACUGAUGGAUCUCGAGCGCCUAACACCCGGCUCUUGUGAAGUCCUUGUCAGCAGGAUGCUUCAACGAUUGGGAAGCUCAAGGGAAUCUUCCAUAAAGGGGCUUCAGGAGCUGGCUGCACGAAUUUUUACGAAGAGCGCUGCUCCUCAUUUAGAUGCAGAAAAUGCAAAUUCGGAAGUGGCAAACAAGAAAAAGCAACCAAGUACGGAUACAUCUGAGAGUCCGAAUUUAAGCCCGCUGUCAAAGUUCCUCAUCGCAAGGUUGGAUGGCAGGGCCAAGUUUCUCGAGAUCUCAACCCCGUUUAGGCAUGUAUAUAGUUACCAACUGGGGAUUUGCUACGCGCCUAGGGAAUUGAUAUCUUCUGUCCUGAUUGAUAGCAUCACCCUUUUAAUUCUGCUUCUGGUAAUAAAAAAGUACAAAUUUGUACCAUUGCUGGAGGUAGAAACAAAGGGUUCCAAAAUGAAUAAAGAUGGGUAUAGAAGGGGAGUUAUUUGAUACUCCGCGAAGUGUGAUGUUUGAUAUGCAUGCAGGCAGAAAUUGUACAUGUAGCAUACAUUAAUUAAACUGACUAAAUUGUGAAGCCCACAGUUGCUAAGCCUAAAAUCACACGGGUUGGAAAAUCCUAACCUCUGAUUUGUGGACACUUGUUUGUUGAAAUGUGACCAUUGGCUAAUUUCAUUUUUAACCUUCCAAUGAAUGUCCGCCAAUGCGAUGACAGAAAAUCAAAUAAGUGAAAGUUUUUGUUCAUUUUACAUCUAAACAGGGACACCUGUAAAUAGGAAGUGAAGAUUGCAUUACUUGUGCACUGCAAAUGCAAUUUCUAAGCUGCAUGCUAUCCAUCACACU